AUGUUGACCCAGUGCAUGAUCGUGGUGAAAAAGGCAAAUUUCAUGCUAGAGUUCGUUAGCAAAGAUGACAUCAAUGCAAAAGCGUGUUUGUGUUUCACUUCUACGGACAAUGCGGUCAUUGGAGAAUCCACACGGGGUGGAGACGAUGGGCGUCAUGAGGUCACUCGCGGCACGGGUGGACCUGUAGCAUAUAUACACACGAUGGGGGAGCCUCAGGAGAAGCCACAUCGGCCAGGUGGACAUUUCAGGGACGUUGGGGAAGACACGAUGGCCAAGCUGGGCUGGAUCUGCCUCUCUCUGGUCAGCUUCUCUGGUCCUGUCUGGGCUCUCCCUGUGCUCAGCUCCAGUGAAGUCUCCUACUGGCUCCCAGCGGCUGACGAAGAUGCCAGGAUAGAUCUGGAGGCGCUGAACAGCAACAGCCGAGGCCCCCUUAUGCAGACCCCCCAGGGGCUAGCGGGGGCACAGGUGGAAGACACUCUGAGAAAAGCAGGUCUCAGGCCCAACAGCUUCACACCGCCCAGGGAGAGUGCCAAACAGGCACUCUUUGGAAGCCUCUCCCAGAACACGCUGCUGAGCCGCCUCUUGGCAACGGGCAGAAAACAGUACAAAAAGCGCGGCAACCUCUCCGAAUGCUUCUGGAAAUACUGUGUGUGA